AUGGUAUCAGAGCUUCCUCGAAGCUAUGCAGCGGCUGUUACAAUGAACACUAGAGCAGGCGAAGGAAAUUCAAACAUCAAUCAUGUGAAUCAGAAUGCAACAAAUCAGAAUUCGAGCCAACAAAGUGAAGAAUUUGAUGAUCCCUACUACCUGCAUGUUACUGAAAAUCCGAACCUGAUCUUAGUCUCACCUACUCUAUAUGAAAUCAACUACAACUCAUGGAGCAGAUCUAUGAGAGUAGCUCUCGAAAUUAAGAACAAAUAUGGCUUUGUUGAUGGAUCCUUACCAUGUCCAGGUGUAUUGGAUCCCAAAUAUGGUGUAUGGAUGAGGUGCAACAAGAUCGUGUGCUCUUGGAUCAUGAAAUCUCUCAAUUCCACCAUUGCAGAGAACAUACUUUACUUUGACAUAGCAUCAAAUAAUGAGAUCUUCACCAAUGUGCAAGGUGACAAAAGUGUUAAUCAGUAUUUUACGAAAUGCAAUGCUCUAUGGGGUCAUAUGAAUGCCAUGAGACCCCUACCAACUUGUGAAUGUGUUCCUAGAUGCUCAUGCACUCUAAUGAGUAAAAUACUGAAGGAAAAACAAGAUGAUCAGGUUAUUAGGUUCCUAGAGGGACUAAAUGACGAGUAUGAGUCCAUAAAAUCAGGAGUGCUUGUUAUGGACCUCAUUCCUAGCAUGGAGAAAGUCCUCAACAUGACCUUGAAGAUAGAAAGAAAGCUCAAUGGAGCUGUUAGCCAAAAGGCUGCUGAACUGAUUCAAUCAAAUGCUGUUGAAACCAGUCAGAAUCAAUUUACAGAUGAACAAAGUAUUGCAGCUUGUUCAGUUGGGGAUAUAGGAUUGACUGCAGAUCAGUUCCAGAGGUUGGUGGUCCUCUUACAGAAUCAAAACCAAGCAGGUCAAUCAUCAUCAACUAAUGCUGCUGUCACUAUGAAUAACACUGGGAUGAGAACAGACUUCAGAAACAACUAUAAGGGGUCCAAUGAAGGCAAGUUCAUUUCUAACCUUCAUAUUAACUGUGAAAUAGAUGCUAUAUGGAUUUUGGAUUCAGGUGCCACUGAUCACAUUGCAUGUUCAUUAGAUUACUUUGAAAGCCAUCACAAAGUUUUUGGAUUAUCUGUUAGACUACCUAAUGGAGAGAAUGUGAAUGUCACACAUAACUUUUACAGCUAUGUUGAAACUCAAUUUGCCACAAAGAUCAAAGUUGUAAGGACAGAAAAUGGGAGUGAGUUUAUGAUGAACAGUUUUUGCAAUGAUAAAGGGGUUGUGCAUCAAAGAUCUUGUGUAUAUACCCCUCAACAGAAUGGUAUUGCAGAAAGAAAGCAUCAACAUAUUCUAAAUGUGGCUAUGGCUCUUAGAUUCCAAUCUGGUUUGUCAAUGGAGUUCUGUGGUCAUUGUGUCUUACAUGCCUCCUAUUUGAUCAACAGACUGCCUACUGCCACAGUUGGUAACAAAACUCCUUUUGAGAUGUUAUUUGGGAAAGAUGUGAAUUAUGAUCAAAUGAAGGCUUUUGGAUGUCUAUGUUAUGGUUCCACUAUAUCACAAGGAAGAAAUAAAAUGCAGUCUAGAGCCAGGAAGUGCAUUUUUUUGGGAAUCCCUGCAAAUAUAAAAGGCUACAUACUAUAUGAUUCGACUAGCCAAGAAGUGUUUGUUUCCAGAGAUGUCCAAUUCUAUGAACAAGUGUACCCUCUCAAAGAAAGCCACUCAACAGAUAAUCCAAAGGCACCUGAAAUUGAGAUGUUCAAUCCUACACUGCCUUUAGUUCCUAUAUCCACUGAGAUAGAUAUUACACCUCUAUAA